AAGGUAAGGGAUAGCAUAGGCUGGCGACAUAAACAAAUAGAUUUCUGGCUUCUAUAGACUGAAAUAAACCUUACACAAAGAAAAGAAAAUAAAAGGAAGAAGAUGUCUGUAGGGCCGUGGUUUGGUUGGGGUUCCUCUACUGACCUGUGGGAGCCAUUUGGCGGUGGAUGGGGCUGGGUCGACCGUGGCGGCCGUGACCGUGAUGAAACAAGUGCUUUGGCUCAUGUUAAUGUCGACUGGCGUGAGACUGACAAUGCUCACAUCUUUCGUGCUGAUCUUCCUGGAGUGAGGAAGGAGGAGGUGAAAGUGCAGGUAGAAGAAGGGAACGUUCUGCAGAUUAGUGGGGAGAAAGUGAAGGAACAGGAAGAGACGAAUGACAAGUGGCACCGGGUGGAGCGGAGGCGUGGUACCUUUGUCAGGCGAUUCAGGCUUCCAGAGAAUGCUAAUACCGAUGGGAUCAAGUGCACCCUGGAGAAUGGGGUGUUGAAUGUGACCGUGCCAAAGAAACAAAGCCAGCAGAACCAGCAGAAUGUUAGAUUCAUAGAUAUCGCUUAAUCAUUUAGCUGUUACUGUUAUGGCAGUUGCUUUAUAUAUGUAUAUAUGUAUAAAAUAUGUGAAAUGGGUAUGUUUUGCUUUGGGCAUGAAGAUCCAGAAGCAGGUGUUUUUACUGUGUUCUUGUGUUUAUGUAAUGUAUAAAUCUGGUUUGCUCAGGUUUUGCUUCUGUUUGCGAUUAAAUAAUCAAGACCCAAGAUACUUUUUAUAUAAGGAGGUCGAGGGCGAUUUGAUAAAGGCAUUCAUUAUCGCUAGACUUGUAUUACGUUUCCUUCAAGUAAAAGUUAGAAAGGGUCGGAUCUUUUCUUGA